AUGCUACUAGCACUAUUCCACACAGCCAAUGCAUUCUAUCUCCUGAAUACUCAAACAAAUGAGUUUGUUGGACUCGAAGGUGAUCGAUUUGUUGCAAGUGGAUCCUCGCAGCCAGAGCAGUUUGAAAUAGUGCGUUCUGGAAGCAAUGGACGACUGAUCAUUGGCCAGGCGUAUUCUCGAAAUGUGAUGGAUGUUUUCCAUGGGACGUAUCUUGGAACAUGGAGACGUCACGGUGGAUACAAUCAGUGGUUUGAACUCGCUUACACCCCUGAAAGCAGUUACAUGCUUCUGUAUCGUGGAAAGUGCCUGGCUUACGACGGCAGACAGAGAAAGAUGGUUCUGAAUGGAUGUGAUAACGUCUUUGGUGCCGAAUUCAAGAUCUACUACCAAAUCAGGGCAGAUGAUCGAUAUUCAGGUGAAUGUGAAAUGCAUAAUUCAAUGCAGAAGAAUUUGAGAAGGCUGUUUCUGCCCAAAAUGAGAAAAUGUAAGGCCUCUUCCUGUUACGAAUCUGACUCAUCCAGUUACAGUGGAUCAUCUGACUCAUCCAGUUGGAGUGAGACGAGUUCAAACACGACUACGUACAACCAAUGUGUGACACCAUCCAGUAUAAUGGGUCAUAUUAGAUUCUGGUGA